UCAUGGUAGCAAAGGUAUUCCUGAAGGAUAAAUUAUAGAAGAGAAAGAGUAUUAGGAAAGCCCAGAGUAUGCCAAUUCUGCAUCCAGAGCCAGCCUUGGUCCAUGUCAGUGAAAAAGCUUCAUAUGGACUGAAGAAUGAACACAUUCAUCAUGGUUAUAGGAAGAAUUUCAACUCCUUAAGCUGUACUUUAAAGACCAUCUUCAUGUGGCACAAUGAGACUGUGAAUAUAUGGAGUCACCUCAUUGGAGCUAUAUUCUUCUUCUGGCUGAUUCUCAGUGCAGGAUUUUACAUCGAACCCACUGUUGAACAAAUGAUCAAACACUACAUUGGCUAUCAUAAUGACGAUCCAGAGAUCAUAGAGAGGGAUGUAUUUCAGUUGCAGCAAGAGAUUCCCAAAACACCAGUCUAUCUCUUUCUAUUUUCAGCAGUUUUCUGCAUGAUAUGCAGUGUAGUGUACCAUCUCCUUCUUGACUACUCUGAAAGAGUGUCUUUUUAUGCCUCAAAGCUUGAUUUUGCAGGGAUUUCUCUUCUGAUUUGAGGUUCUACCUGCCCACCGAUUUAUUAUACCCUCUAUUGUAAAGAAAAUGAACUGAUGAGAACACUGUACUUAUGUUUUACCAUUCUUUCAUGCUCAGGAGCAUUUAUCUCAAUGUUCUCAAAAACAGUUAGCAAGCCUGAAAAUAAGAAAUGGAGGGCAGCGAUAUUUGUUUCAUGUGGAGUUUCACCGAUCUAUGCCCUCACUCAGUUCUGGCUGUUUAGAGAUCCUCUGACAAUGCCUCCUUUUGAUCCAACAUUUUGGCUUAUUGGAGGUGCUACGUAUAUUUUUGGUGCUUACGUAUAUUCAAUAAAAUACCCUGAAUCAAAAUAUCCUGGAAAGUUUGAUCACUGAGGACACUCUCAUAACCUUUGGCAUUGAUUUGUCAUUGCAGGGGCUUUCAUUCAAUUCAUUGCUAUACUCCAAGUAUAUCAUGCCAGAAGACUGACCUCCUGUCCCAUUUAGUACUUAGAAUGACGUAUUUUUCAACUG